UCUCGAAAGACAAGUUUUGAGAGAAAACUGUAAACGCAAAGCAAGUGAUACUAUAUCUGUCCGACCUAUAAAAAUAAUUCGAACAGAACUCGUCAAAAAGCAUAAAUUCAGAAAUAGAUAAAUAGGGAUAUCAGGGUCAAUCAGAAAAGCCAUGUACGACAAACAACGACAAAUAUACCCGGCUUUUCCAAAAUCUUUAACAGAAUCAAUUGAACAACUUAAAAGUGUGGAGAAUAAUGAUGUACUUAAAGUUAAAGGAGACCAGUUUGUUUUUGUACCCGAUAACAAAUUAUGCGUUUGUGUUACUACAGAAUAAAAUCUAAGAUGUAUGGUUAAUUCAUCAGACUUUUUUCGCAGAUGUUAUUUUUAACUAUGCGCCGAAAUAUUAUAUCCAGUUAUAUAAUUAACUGUUUACGAAAUGGCUUUUAUAUACCCGUUGUUUAUUUUUUCUCGUCUGAAAAAUUCAAACAAACCUGCAUUGACAUGUGGUUGUUUCUUCAAAAAUUAAGCGGAAAACAAAAAUAUUUGUCAGGAGUAUUGGUAACAA